AUGACCACGGAGAGCAUCCAUAAGAUGACAAAGCUUCUGAGUAGACAGGCAGAGUGGGUGUGGGGAGAUGCCCGACAAAAGGAGGGAGGAGGAAGUGUUGGGUGGGGGUCGCAGGUGGAUAAAGAGAGGAAGAGAGAGAGGCUCCCCUCUCUGUCUGAGGAGAUCUGGGAACCUUCACAACAGCCCGAAGAGUCUUGGACCCGGUGCGAGGUGUUGCAGACCAUGGACAUCAGCGCAGUGCUGCUGUCCUUCCUCCUGUUGUCUCUGAGCUGGUCCAGGGGAGCAGUCAUCACAGGGGCCUGCGAGAGAGAUAUGCAGUGCGGUUUCGGUCUCUGCUGUGCCGUCAGUCUGUGGCUGAGGGGCCUUAGAAUGUGCAUUCCAAGAGGAGUGGAAGGGGAUGAAUGCCACCCCUUCAGCCACAAGGUGCCGUACAUGGGGAAGAGGCUACAUCACUCUUGCCCCUGCCUCCCCCACCUGGUGUGCACCAGGUACACUGACAGCAAGUACAGAUGUACUGAUGACUUCAAAAACAUGGACUUUUAACAGAGGUCGAGUCACCCAGAUGAAGAGGCAACAGAAAACAGCAGAUCUGAGUGAAGACUUCAAUAGGCACAUUCAUCUCAACUGAACGUAUUUUUCAUUUGUGUAAUCCACACUCCAUAAUAGAUAGUUAGGAUUCUUCUGAUCUACACAAAUAAUAUGCUGAAGCUAAAACUGGGGAAUUUGCAUUUGAGGACCACACUAUUUUGACAAUUUAUGAGGGUUUUCUGUUCAGAUGUUUGUGCACUAUUAAAGGCACCCGCUGCGUCUGUCACACUCACUUUAUGUCCAUUUAUCAAAGAAA